AUACAAUAAAGUUAUCGCAUUAAAUUAUAUUAUAUAUCAAUAUAUGGUUGGUAGUGUUGUUUGUUAUCAGGUAUUCAUGGGGCUUUAUGUCGCAUGGUUGUUUGUCGGGUGGCUUUUUGACGAUAUCUAUAUGGUGUCAAACACGGUCUUAGAAGGUUCUUAUAAGAUCGUGGUGUCAAAUGUGUACCUAAAUAUUCAGUUGAUAGUGCAGCUGUAUGGUAGUUUUUUGCAUAGACUUAUAAUUAUAUGUCUAUGGUUUUUUGUAUGGCAAUUUAGUCGGAGUAUUAAUCAAAUGGUUUUUUUCGUUAUCUGGUGGAUUUAUGGCGUGUCACCAUUUAAGUGUUCAUAUUAGUGUUAACGUGAAUAUCGCAAUUCCAUCUACAAUCUUAAAUAAGUGUUAUUGUUAGUACAUACGACAUAAGUUAAAUAAGUGUUAUUGUUUUUUUUCACCGAUUAAUAAACAAAAAAAUAAAUGGUCUCCAGCAAAUCUAAGAGGUCCACAACCUACCCAAAGUCUUUAACAGUAAGUACAAGUAUAGAUAUUUGAUAUAAUUGUUGUAAUAAUUUGUCCGUAGUAUAUCAAAAAUGUAUAAUCCAUCUACUUAUAAGUAUCAGUGUUUUCCAACUUUUUGGAUAAUACUAUAAUAGGUAUACAUAUACUAUCUAUAAUACAUAACACACGGUAAUGUUAUUUGCAGGGAAUGAUUAUCAAUAAUAAUCAUGUAAUGAUACUUUAAAUCAAAAUUAAACCCAGAUUUGUUGUGUGAAACCACAUUGGUUAAGUAACAGUGGAAUAUGUGGGAUGUGAAAACGAUUAUGAUGUAACAAAAAAAAUUUAAGAAACCAAUGAUUAUUAUUAUUAUUUUAUAGACAAAUAGAAAUACCGCAUUUUAAAGGUAAGAUAAUUUUUAUUUGUAGAUUGCAUAUUGAACUAGUACCGAAGUUUCAAAUUACAAAUUUUUUUUUCUAAUAUACCUACACAGUUUACCUAAAUGAUAAUAUUUUAAAUUUGAAUAUAAUUUAUUGACUAGUAAUAUUGUAAAUAUUGUAAAUCUAAUCGAAUAAAUUAAUUUCUAAUAUCUAGUAACUUACAAACAUCAUAUAUUUAUAUGUUUAGUAUAUAUAUGCAAUAUAUUUACAGUGGUAUGGCAAGGAUUGUUUAAAAUGGUUAAUCACGGCUAAUAAUUUCAAAGUAUUGGUUCCAAUAAGGUAUCGGUAUGUACUGAACAAUUCAGCAUUUGAUUAUAUUCAUUAUACAUAUAAUUACAUUAAAAUUUAAAAUAAUACAGUUAAAUAUAAUUAGCUCUCCGCAAGUCAGUAAACUAACUUUUUUAAUUUGAGGGGGGUUUAAUAUUAGAUAAUUUAAAUUUACUGAAAAUUAUUACUGACCAUGUCACUACUUGUGUACUACUAUUUGUGUAUACCGUAUUUACAUUAUUAUUUAUAAUUGCUUAAUACAUUACAAUUUUUCAAAGUUAUUUAUUAUAACAAAUGUAUAAAGUAUAUAAUAUAUAGAUUGAUAUAAUUUCACAAAAGUUAAUUUUCAAGCUAAGAGCAGUUCAAUAUGGAUACUUGUUAGGAUUUUUAACCUUUUCAGAAAUUUGUUGUGGUAAAUUUAUACUUCAUCAGUUAUUUGCUUUGCUAUAGUAUCCAAUAGUUCUGACAAUUUGUUUUUUAAAUUUAAUAUUUCCUGUGAGUGUUUCAAUUUAUUAUUUUUAAUCUUUUUGUUUAUAUUAAUCAUAUAUUCUGUCAAUUCAUUCAGUUUCUUUUUAAUUCCUUUUAUCAUAAUAAUGGGUCCCUCUAUGUUAUUUUCUGAUGGAAUACUUGAAUAACUAGAAUGUUUUUUUCUUCUCAUUAGACAGUUAUUGAUUUUUUUUAUUACUUUUAACCAAUUUUCUAUAUUUUUCAAACAAGUUUCUAAUGAUUCGCCAAGCUUAUAAUCAUUAGACUCAUUUACUUUUAAAGAUUCUUUACUUUCACUGAUGGAUUGUUCAACUUUUUUCUUCACAUAUUUUAAUUCAUUUUGUAUUCCUUUAUUCCAAGAUUUUUUAUUUUUAUCAUUCUCAAUAUUUAAUUGAUUUAUUACUUGUUCACAUUUAUUGAGAGAUUCUUGAAAUGAGAUGUCUUGCGUAUCUAAUAUAUUUUCAUUUUGAUAAAUAUUAUUUUCAUCAUCAAUUGUUGAUAUAUUUUUGCUUUCAUUUAAGUCUAUAUGUAAAUAUUUUAAUAAUUAUUAUUAUUGUAUUUUAAAUAAAUAAAUUACUGUAUAUUUAUUUAAUUAAUUGGGUAAAUUUAUUUUUAAGUAACCAAAAAAUAAAAACAAUUGAUACUGUUAAAUAAAAAAAACUACCAAAAUAUAAGUUUAUAUUAUUUAAUGAACAAAAUAUCAAAAAAGCUAAGAUUAUUAUUAUUUUAUUUUAAAUAAUUCUUUUGGCUUUUGUUGUAUUCCUUCCCAUUUAUAUUAGAGUAUUAAAACUUUUGUUGUUAUAAUAUAUUUUUGAAUUCAAAGUUUUUAAACAUGAAUAUUAGUUAAAUAAAUGAAUAAGUUAAAUUUACUCAAGAUUUAUACAAAUAUUUAGUUUAUUAUUGUACAUUAUAUUUAAUAUUUAAAAAUGUCAACAUUUCUUCUUUAAAAUUGACCAAUGCAUUUUUAGGAAAUAAAUUGAUUUGUGAAACAUUGUACGCACUUAAAUCAGUGAUUCCCAAUGUGUGAUACCACCCCUUUGUGGGCUUUUUUAAUUUUGAGGGGGGCUUUUUACUUAAGAGGGCGCUAAGGGGGUGAUUCUACUAUGACUUUAAUUAUAAAAAUAAUUCGCUAUUAUUAAAAACAAUUAUAUUAUUAUUAAAAUAUUAAUAGCAAAUUCAUAACUUAUUGCAAUGAAAUAUAUAUCUGUGUACAAUAAAAAAUUAUUUUAUUAUUUAAUAUUUUAUACACAUUACAAUAACAGUGAAAUGGUAAUAAAAAAGCUUUUAUAUUAUCAUAUCGAUAAGCUUCUUUAGUCCCAUUUUCAUACGGAUAUUCCUGAUAAUAAUUAUUGUCUACUUGCAUUUAUUACACAAAGUUAUAAUUUAGUAUGCAUAUAUGUUAGUUAUACUUAUUAUCAUAAUAAAAUGUCAGAGAACAAAAUGUGAAAAAAAUAUUUAUUUUUCAUUUUAAUUAAAUGGCUAAUUAUAAAAACUUAACAAUUUAUGGAGAAAGUGGGGGGGUGAGUUAUUAAAAAUCUAAAAGGCGCGGUGAGUAAAAAAAAAUGUUCGGAAACACUGACUUAAAUUAUAAAAAUAUUAAUUUAUAAUCAUAAUAAUUACUCAAAUAUCUAAAAUAAUAUUAAAAAAUCAUACAAUUAUGAUAUGUGAUUUCUUUUUAGUGAAUUGUUUUUUUUAUAUGUAUGUAUGUAUAUAUAACUACCAAUAAUUUUGCCCAUUUGCCUUUCCCAUAUAUUAAAACAAGUGACAUUAUUUCUGUAAAUUAAUAAUAAUAAUAAUAAAUUAAAAAUUUUCAAGUUCCAGACAGUAUUAUUGAUAGAUAUAAUACUGUCAGAAUUUACACUGACACAAUAUAAUUAAUAACGUGAGGCCUAUUUAAAGAGCAUAAUUAUCACUAGUUACCCCAAUAAUCCUAUUAAUCUUAAAAAGUAAUAAUAAUACAAUAAAAUUUUGCACUAGGUAGACAUUUGAUCAAACGUAAUUGAAUUAUUACGUUUUUUUACUAGUAUUUUUUACUAAGUACAUUUAAUAUUUUUUUUGUUUUCAAAAGUCUUAAAUGUAUAAAAUUACCAAAAAACUUUUGUUGAAAAUUAAAAUUAGACAACUUAAGUCAAUAUAUAUGCAUGUGAUUUGUUGAAUUACCUUGUUUAUUAACUUCCAGUAAUGGCUUUUCUGAUGUACAAUUACUCUCUGUGUCAGCUGUUUUUAAUUUUUUAUUAUUAGUUCUAGAUCUUAGAUCCAAAUUGUGAUGUUCUUGAAUUAUUAAAAUAAUUUGUAGUUGGUAGUAUUUACUAGAUCCUUGAAGCUUAUAUGGUCUAAUAGAUAUACUUUGGUUCCAAUCACGUCCAAUGAUUUGACAUUCUUUAAGCCUGAUUAUUGUAUGCCCAAUUCUUUGUCUCCUAAAUAUAUUUCCAAAACAAAUAUCUGGUGUUGUAAAACAUUCAAUUUUAAUAACUUCAUUUGUUGUUAGAUAAUAUUUUAAUGUAUUUCUAUCAAUUUUCCAUAUAAAUUCUUCAUUAAAAUUGAUCCGAUUUUUAUUUGCAGAUACAACCUUACUUUUCUUAGUUAUAUUAAAAAUUGUUGUUUCAACUUCAACAUUUCCUAUAAUAAAUUCAAAUCCUAUUCCAUACUGAAUUUUAACUAAAACAUUCAAAUCAUUUGCUAGUAACCUAUACAUUUUUUGGUAUUUAUCUAAAAUUUGAAAAUUUGAUUAUAAUAAUAUUAUGGUUACACAUUUUAAUAUUAUAACUAACCAAAAACUUACUUAUAUUGUAGUUAUUAUUAUAAAUAUGUGUUUUAAUGUUAAUUAAUUAACCUGCACAAUAACAGUUAUGAUUGUGGUUUUACCUUAAAUGAGUAAGCUAGUAUUAACUAAAAUAACAUAGAAUAUACAAAAUUAAGAUCAUUAGAUAAACCCAUAGAUACUAUAUAAUAUUUUACCAAAGAUAUUACGCAAAAUAUUAGUUAUGGUGUAUAAUAAAAUAUAAUAUAUUUGGGCUGUUAUUAAAAUUUUCUAUUAAGUGUUAGUUAGUGAUAACAGUUAAUUGUCAUUAACUAUUCUGUUGAUAUAAUUUUUCCAGUUCACAUUAAUAAUAACUGCUGGUUAGCACUAUUAAACACAUAAUAGGACAUUGUAAAAAUAGCCCUUAGUGAUAGAACAUAGACUAAAGAGUAUUGUUUCAGAUUGUUUUAUAGUUUAAAACUUAUGAAAUUUCCAACAUUUUAUUAUUAACAUUCAAAAUAUCAUAUAAGAAAUGGAUUUCAAUUUAGAAAAUUGUUUGGAUGAAGGUUUGAAAAAAUUAACAAGUGUGUUGUAUAAUUACAUAUAUAUAUUUAUAUACAGAAUUUAUUACAUUAUUUAAUAUUUGUUUAAUAAAAAUUAUUUAUUUUUUUAGUUAAAUCUUCAGAUAAAAAUAAGACAGAAGAAACUUAUUUUCAUGAAAGUAUGAAUCAUAGUGACACAGGAAUUUUAAUUCUUAAUAGAUUAUAUAAUAAAAAUUUUCCUGCUUUUUAUACACCAGUAAGUAUUAACAAUAUUAAGAGUAACCAAUGAAUGUUUUUUUUUUUUUUCUUAAUUGUCUGUGUUUUAAAUUCACAAAUUAUAGUAUAUAAAUAGAAGUAUAGUAUUACUAUUUAAACUUCAUUUUUCAACAUUAUAACUAAUAAUUUGCAUUAAUAAAUUGGUUAAAAUUGUCUUAAUACUAUAUCAAAUAUUAUUUAUGUCUGUAUAAUUAAUUGAAUAUUAUAUAUUUCUAGCAAAUUAUUGAAGAAAAUAACAUUUUUAAAUGUCAACUAAGAGCUGAAUCUCGAGGACGUUUUUUUGAAAGAGAACUUUCAAAACUAUUAACAAGUGAUGAAUUGAAAGUAAUAUCACAAUUAAAACUAAAACAUUUUUUUGUUCUAUUUAAUAUACAACACAAAUUUUGAACUAUUUAAUAUUAAACCAUAUACAGAGUAAUUCAUUGAGUGUGUUCACCUCAUUUUUUUUUUGGUUAAAUUUUGCAUGUUAUAUUCAAAUUCAGUAUUUUAGAAUUUUUAAGUCUAUUGAAAGCUGAUGAGAAGAUAUUUCACUUUUUAAGUUUAAGUAGGGAAGAUUAGUGAAUUAUCAUUUGUAUGGCAUCACAAAUUUAUGGAAAUUUUAAUAUAAGUUCUCAUUUGAAAAACCCAAUACCAAUUUUGGUUCAGGAUACUCUUUAAAUAUUAUGAAAAAUCUGAGUAUUCAAAAAUAUCAGCUUUAACUAUACUUAAAAGUUCCAAAAUUUACCCCCAAAAAAAUGAGGUGAGCGCGCUUAGUGAAUCACCUGUAUAUAAUAUUUGUAUAUUUUUUAAACAAUUAAGUACAAAAAUGUAUUAAAAUGAGAAUCUAUUAUAUUCAUUUAUUUUUACCCUAGUACCUAUGGUCAUUACUUCAAGAUUAUCACACAAUAUUGAAUGAUUUUCAAUUCAACCAGUACAUUAAUUAUUUAAAUUUUGUUAAAAUCAAGGAGAAACUAAAUGAUAAAUAUAGGUAUUUACACUUUAAAUAUUUUAAUAUUAUUAUAAUUUAAUGGUAUUGUUAUGUUUGUGUGAUUUUAUAUUUUGUACAACUUAUUUAUUAGUAUUAUUUAUUAUACAAUUAUUCAUAUUAUGUAUUUCUAAUUGUGUAUUACAGAGUAUUUUUUAAACCUAGUAUAUUUCUUCAAUUAGAAGACCGUAAACUUAAGGGAUAUUUAUCUAUUGAUAUAUUUUUUAAUUACAUAAUGAAGAAAAUAUGGAUAGAUCAAACAAGAAAUGGACUUUCUCAAUAUGAUUCAAGUGGCUGUGGUUAUCUUAGUGAAUCGGUAACAUAGUUUUAAUUGUAACUGUUAACAUAAAAUAUUUAAAAUUUUAAAAUCAAUGAAAUACAAUUUUUUACCUAAUAUAAUUUGUACACAUUUUAGGACUUUGAAGCGUAUAUUUUGGAUCUAAUUCCAACAUUAACACAGCUAGAAAAACUUGAAGAAAUAUUUUAUUCUUUCUAUGCAUGUAUGGUCAUAAGAAAAUUUUUCUUUUAUUUAGACCCUUUACGAACUGGGAAAAUACAAAUCAUUGAUAUCUUAUCCUGUGGUUUUCUCGAUGAACUUUUAGAGGUAAAUAAAUCAAAUUUAAAUUAUUAUUAUUAUAUAAAUUAUAAUGAAACUUAUUUUUAAUUCAGCUCCGUGAAGAAAAUGUAAAUACUGAUAUGCAAACAAAAAAUUGGUUUUCUGUACCAUCAGCACUUCGCAUUUAUUCAUCCUAUUUAGAACUGGAUACAGAUCAUAAUGGAUUAUUAAACCGCCAAGAAAUAUCAGGGUAUUUUCAAUAGAAUUUUAUGUUUUUCUAUUUGAGUAAUUAAUAAUACAUUCAAUAUUAUUUUGUUUCAUAUUUUGAUUGUUGUAAUUUCUGUAUCUAAUUGUUUAUAGGUAUAAAUCUGGUACCUUUACUUCAGUAUUUUUAGACAGAGUGUUCCAAGAUGCAUUUACAUAUGAUGGUGAAAUGGAUUAUAAGGGUUAUUUAAACUUUGUUUUAGCUACAGAAAAUCGUCAUGAACCACAGUCUUUACGUUAUUUGUUCAAAUUUUUAGAUAUUAAAAAUCAAGGAUACUUGGAUGCAUUUACUAUUAACUAUUUUUCUCGGGUAAAUAUAUAUCAAAUAUUAUACUAAUAUAUUAAUAUAAAUUAUAAGUUUUAAUAAAACUCCUAAAUUAUAAAUUGAAUAUAUUAAUAAUAAUAAUUAUUAUUAUAUUUAUACAUUUUUAUAGGCUGUAGCAGAUAGAUUACCAAAGGAGCAACAAUCAAUGAUUUCGUUGGAAGAUAUUAAGGAUGAAAUUUUUGAUAUGAUUAAGCCAAAAGAUCCUAUGAAAAUUACUCUGAAGGAUGUUAUUCACAGUAAAAUGGGCCACACAUUAAUAAAUAUUUUGAUAGACAUCAAUGGAUUUUGGUCUUAUGAAUUUAGAGAAUCCAUAACAGCUAAUCACAAAACUGAUAAUGGUUUUAGUGAAAUUGGAAAUUAAUGAAGUUUGACAUAUUAUUUUGUUACUUAGCAUUUUUAUUUCAGUUGUACUAAAUAUAACAAUAUAAUACUUAAUAUAUUUUUAACAAUUAAAAUUUUUUAUAUUUUGUUAAUAAAUUUUAAUAAUUAUUAGUGAUUUACAACAAACUUCAAUCUGUAACAUUUUAUUUAUUUACAAAUCUACAAUUAUUUUUUCUAAAACAAUAUUAAAAAUUUGAGAGGAAAUAUUUAUUAUUGCAUUGUUCAUUUUUGAAAUAUGAAACAGUUCAAAUUUAUUUAAAAUGUUCAUAUCUUAUAUUAAUACAUUUAAUAUAACACAUUUUAAAUAAUCUUUCUUAUUAAAACAAAUUAUUUCUAUGUAAACCGAUUUGUAUAUUUUUUUUCUACGUAUUCUUUCAUUUAAUUUUUUAUAUUCAAUCCCAGUUUACAUUUUGAUUGUAUUAUACCUGAUGAUGAAUUUUGAAUUAGAAACCAGUUGUAUAGUACACUUGACAUAAUACUCCAGGUGACACAUUCAUUUAUUUAUUUAUUUUAUUAUUUUUACAUAUACA